AUGGCUUCUACAAAAGUCAUUGCUGUGCUUUUGCAAAGCCUCAUCCUUUUCGUGGUGAAGGUUCACGAGGAGCUCGAUGAGGCCACAAGUGACAACAUGAGGGAGCAUGAGAUGGAGAUCAACCAGGAGAUGACUCGGAUGAUGGAGGAGAUGGAGAGGAGAAGCCGAGUGCAGUCGAGCGUCGUGCUCCCGGUCCUGCAGCAGAGGCUUGAAGGGCACAGCAAAGCUGUGCUCUUUGCUGCCAUUGCUGCAGGCCUUAUCCUCCUCUUUUGGCUCUGCUGGUGGCUCCAAGAAAGGACCCCUGAGCCUGACUCCAUCUGCACCACACAUGAGACCUCAGACAUGAAUGCACACAAGGAGGACAAGGAAAAAAGUGAUGGGGAAGGUCCUGAAGAGUUGAAGGAAGGGGACAGGAUUUUCGUCAGGCACACCGAAUGGCCUGUGCAGACAAUGAUGUCCAGGAGCCAGAUGGUGAAGCAGCUGGUGGACAACCUCCUGCAGGUCAUGCAGGAGCAGCUGUCAAACAGUUUCUUGCCAUUGCUGCAGCCUCCCAUUGGUGUGGGCAGCACCUUUGAAGGCUGGAGUCCCUAUGAGGCUGACAACGUUAUCUACCACCUCCUUGUCCCCCUGAAGCCCCCCCCUGGGCAUGACUUCCACCUGCAGUGGGUCAACAGGGGUCCCAGUCCAGCCAGGGACUCCCUUAUCCGUGUGGAAGUCAAGUGCAGCUGUGGAGUACCAAACAUGCCUUGCUAUGUCCACCGCAAUAGGAAACACCUGGAGAGGAUGAAGCAGGUACCCAGCAUCCUGGACAGCCUCUGCACUGGUUCAUACCUAGAUGUGGAGAAACUUGCAGAGUGGUUCCAGUGCUUGGUGAAGGACGCUUGGGUGGCACUGCCUCAGGCACGUCGCUACGAGAUGAAGCUGCUGCCCUACAGCCAACGUUCAUGCCUGAUGAAGCUGAAAAGUGCCUACAGGAAUACAUUCCUUACUGAGAUCCUGUUUGGGGUGCAGCAAGGAGACUCAGACAUCUUUCUCAGCAGCCAGAAUGCAGGCGACUCAGACACUCCAAGCACCCUGUGGACAAAGAGCUACCUUGUGGCAGAGAGGAAGUUCUUCAGCCAUAUGGCCAGAAAGGUCCCACAGGGCAGAUACCACCUCAAGUGCCUGCAUCUCUGCACCAGUGUCCUGGAGGACACAGACUUUACACCCUACAUCUUCAAGACAGUUGUCAUGCACCUCCUCAACACCAAACCCGUGUCAGGAUGGUGCAGACAGGAAUGCAUCAUGCGGCUGGCAGACAUCCUGAGGUACCUGCACUGCUGCCUGCAACACAGAAAGCUUAACUUCUUCUUCUUUGGCAAUGCAGAUAUGCCCCAGGAGAUCAUCUUGCCUCCAGACUUCCACACAUCUGAGCCACACAACCUCCUGCAGCAUCUGGUGCAGAGCCCGGCUGCCCACGCCAAGGCCCUGAGACAGUUUGAGGAGAUUCAGGAGGAGCUCAUGAACAGGCUGUACUGUGGGGGCUUAAACAGACUGUAAUAGCUGUCAUAGAGUGAGCUCUGCCACCACAGCCGUCUGUCACUACCCCGACAGAGAUUGUCCUUGCCUCUUCCACAGUAUCCAUUCUUUCUGGGACCUUUUCUUCUCACCCUACCGCUCCCCAUCAUUUUUGCCAAUCUUUGGCAAACAGGAGACAUGCCUGAGGACUGGACAUGCUUGACUCAUCUGAUAGCACGCUAUGAUGCUGUAACUGAAUGGGUAGAUGCAGGAGGCCAGUGGAUUUAGCCUACCCCAACCUCAGCAAGUCAUUGGACACUGACUCUCAUAACAUCCUUGGAAUUGAAGAGUGGUCAGUGCUGGUUGUGGUGCUCUUCAACAACUUCAUCAGUGACACUGAUGAGGGGACACACAGACAGACAGAGUCUACUCAACAAGUUUGCAACGACACCAAACUGGAAGGCUUGACUGACACAUCUGAACGCUGUGCAGCCAUUCAGUGAGACUUGGACAGACUGGAGAGCUGAACAAAGGGGAACCUAAUGAGGUUCAGCAAAGAUUUCCUGGGGAGCUGCACCUGGAACACUGAUCUAAAACACUGUGUAAAAGGACAUGAGCAAUGCUGCCAAGGUGUGCACCUCCACCAGAGCACCUCCAACAGCGCACCUCCAGCAGAGCAUCUCCACCCGUGGACCUCCACCAACACACCUCCAGAGGAGCACCUGCACCAGAAGAACUCCUGACGACCUCCACAGAAGAUCAUCCCUGGACCUCGCUCAUGUCUCUCUCUCCCCCCCCCCCAUCGUUGGCUGAUGGUAGUAGAAUCCCUGCUCUUUGCCUUCCCUGUUUCAUCUCUUCGUUGUUCCCUCUCUCUGUCUCUCCCCUUCUCCCUCUCCCUCUCUCCCCUUCUCUCUUUCCCUCUCCUUUGUUCAACUUUUAUGGUUUAAUAAAAAAUUUUGUUGUGAUAUCUGCUCUUGCUUGCACCUUAAUUUCACAACUUGGACAUCUGGAGCAAGCUCCUCUGGUCAAA